AUUUUCUCUAUCGACACAGCGUCACCAUCGAUAAUGUCACGACGGAGGUCGAGAUACUUGACACGUCCAGGUGCGAGGAGAAUGGUUGCCUGUACUCGCAUAUACGAUGGGGCGAGGCCUUCGUCGUGGUCUACAGCGUGACAUGUAAGCGGAGCUUUCAGGAAGCUCGCGGACUUCUCAAGCAACUCGCGGAUCUACGCCUGCCGUCCUAUUUCACCGCCCUCCUGCUCGGCAACAAGAGAGAUUUGGAUCAUGCACGAGAAGUGUGCGUGGACGAAGGCCAACAAUUGUCGCUGGCGCAUGGAUGUCAGUUUUACGAGGUGAGCGCCGCGGAGAGUCCCGCGGGAGCGGCGUUAGCCUUCCAGGCGCUCCUGCGGGAGGCGAGGUCGGUCCAGCUUCUGCGAGCGUUGCCGAUCCGCAGGAAACUGGGCGUCCACUCGGUCUCGAGAGUCCUCGGGACGAUCUUCGGCAAGAACACCACCAAGGACCGUAAGAAGAGGCCGUCGUUGAGCAUAUGACGCCUUCUAUGCGCCCUCCUCCUCGGAGGACGAGAUGAGCCAGGCAGGAGAACUGACAUCGUCGUCCUCAGCAGCAACGUCUACUCCAAUCGCUGACGAGGUCCUCGUUAAGAAUGUAGAAAUCUCCCUUGUGCCUUCCUGAACAAAGGCCGCCAUCGUUGGGAUCAGAAGACCAUUCUCGUCCGUUGGCAAGAGAAUGAGUCUUUUCAAGCAUCUUGUAGGGAAAAAUACAUUUGCUAAUCAAUUCCCGAGGCAAUCAAACUCGGUCCUGAAGCAUAUUCGAGGACCUAAACUCCGAGGACAUAAGACUGAUUUUCUGGCUUUGAGGAUACGCAGGGUUCAAGGUACAAUACCCCCUGGAAGUCUGACGUGCGAAAUGUUUAAAGGAUCUUUUCAACAUCUGGCAGCUGAAAGAUCCAAACUCCGAGCAGGUUCCAGUCAUGGAGGGCGACAUUUAUUUUUGAAAAAAACUUUUAUGUGCCGAAGAAGGAUAUUUACACGGUGUUCGCGUGUGAUCCUGCUCUCAGUGGCGGGAGAGAAGCGUGUCGACGUAGAACUCAGAGAUUGUUCGUGAUACGCAAAGGUACUUUUUUUUUAAUAUUAUGAUAAUUUCACGGUGAUUACAAGUGACUGGCAAGUUGUUCCUGAACGAUGUAGUCCUUAGAACGAUUUAUCGAGAAUGAUCUUAUGGUUGCGAAUCGCCCCGCAAUCAGUUCCGCGAGUGCAACUUUUAUAAUUUGGGAUACAUACAAUACUUGCACAUCACUCGGUGUUUAAGUUAUUACGUUAUUGACCCUAAACAGUAUACACAAAACGUAAUAAGCUUUUUUUUAUUAUUUUCUUCUGUGAUACUUAUAAAUCGAAAUUUUUCAAAAGAUAUCUAUAUAUAAUUUUUUA